AUGGACUGGAACACAUAUUUUGCCCUACGCAGGACUCGCCGUAACUAUGAGCGUGUCUUCAUGGCUCCGUGCGCGCUCGUUGGCCUUGGCGGCGCUGGAUACUACUUUGCGCAACAGGAUUUUGAUCCGACCCCCAUCUUUGGCAUGGAUCAAGUCGUUGUCUACAUUGCUGGCACGGUCGCAGCGGGUAUUGUUGGAUUGGCGAUGGGGCCCGUCGUCGGAAACAUGGUCUUUAGGACUGCGAAUUCGAAGGCAAAGCCUCUUAUCGACAGAAUGGACAACGAGUUUUUUAAGCACAUUGUCAAGAACCGCGCUGAUCCAAGUGCCAAUUCUGUCCGCAAUCCAAUCCCAGACUUUUACGGAGAGAAGAUUAAGUCCGUGAGCGAAUACCGCGCAUGGCUCAGGAAGCAGCGCGAAUAUCGCCGUAAGGCUCAGUUUUAUGUCGGCGUGGAUUAG